AGUCUAAUUACAAAAUAGAAGAUUACUCAUUCUAUUGGACCCAGUCCAGCUUCUAGAAACGUGUAUGGCUUAAUAUACAGUGACUUCAGUAGCGGGGAUUAAUUAUACGCUGCUCGAAGCAAAACUUGUAUUUGACUUACAACAAUCUCAAAACGCAGAAACUUGUAGUUUCGUUUUUCAAUAUUGAGCCACUGAGAGAAACAUGGUAGCGAUCGGGAUAGAUCUUGGCACAACUUACUCGUGCGUGGGUGUCUUCCAGCACGGAAAAGUUGAAAUUAUUGCCAAUGACCAGGGCAACCGGACCACCCCUAGUUAUGUUGCUUUCACGGAUACAGAGCGAUUGAUAGGUGACGCUGCCAAAAAUCAAGCGGCUAUGAACGCCGUGAACACAAUUUUCGACGCUAAGCGUUUGAUUGGAAGAAAAUUUGACGAUACUUCCGUUCAAAACGACAUGAAACACUGGCCUUUCAAACUGGUGAACAAGGGAGGCAAACCACUUAUCCAAGUUGAAUAUAAGGGAGAGAAUAAACAAUUUUCGGCUGAAGAGAUAAGCUCCAUGGUGUUGACGAAAAUGAAGGAAACAGCGGAGGCUUAUCUCGGGAAGAAACUAAAAGACGCCGUUGUCACAGUUCCUGCGUAUUUCAACGACUCCCAGCGUCAGGCGACGAAAGACGCCGGCCAAAUUGCUGGGCUGAAUGUACUUAGAAUUAUCAACGAACCUACCGCCGCUGCACUUGCGUAUGGGCUCGACAAAAGUCUCUCUGGAGAGAAGAAUGUACUGAUUUACGAUCUCGGUGGUGGAACUUUCGAUGUGUCUAUUUUGACAAUUGACGAAGGUUCAAUGUUUGAAGUGAGGUCAACCGCCGGCGACACACAUCUCGGCGGUGAAGAUUUCGACAGUCGUCUCGUGAGCCACUUUGUUAAAGAAUUUCAGAGAAAGCACCAUAAAGAUCUAAGCAAGAACAAUCGAGCCAUUCGAAGAUUACAAACGGCAUGUGAACGAGCGAAGCGAACACUUUCCAGUAGCACGGAAGCCAGCAUAGAAAUCGAUUCUCUCUUCGACGGUAUCGACUUUUACACUAAAAUUACGAGAGCAAGAUUUGAGGAGCUUUGUUCAGAUUUAUUCCGAGGAACUCUAGAACCCGUUGAAAAGGCCUUGAAUGACGCAAAAAUGGACAAGAGUAAAAUCAAUGACAUUGUACUGGUCGGCGGAUCCACGCGUAUCCCGAAAAUCCAGAAGCUGCUGCAGGACUUCAUGAGUGGAAGAGAACUUAACAAAUCAAUUAACCCGGAUGAGGCUGUAGCAUACGGCGCUGCAAUCCAAGCUGCUGUUCUAUCCGGCGACACCAGCGAGGCUAUCAAGGACGUUCUGUUGGUUGACGUCGCGCCGUUGUCCUUGGGCAUAGAAACAGCGGGUGGGGUAAUGACAAAUUUGAUUGACAGAAAUAGCCGAAUUCCAGCUAAAUUUUCAAAAACUUUUACAACCUACGCUGAUAAUCAACCUGGUGUGUCGAUCCAAGUUUAUGAAGGCGAACGGGCCAUGACUAAAGACAACCAUUUGCUGGGCAAGUUUGAGUUGACAGGCAUACCGCCUGCACCCCGCGGCGUUCCGCAGAUUGAAGUCACAUUUGACAUUGACGCCAACGGUAUUCUAAAUGUUUCUGCUGAGGAUAAAAGCACGGGAAGAUCAAAUAAAAUAACCAUAACAAACGACAAAGGAAGACUAUCGAAAUCUGAAAUUGAUAGAAUGGUAAAUGAUGCGGAAAAAUACAAAGCCGAGGACGAUUCACAGCGAGAGCGUGUAACUGCGCGGAAUCAACUAGAGAGCUAUAUUUUCUCGGCUAAACAAGCUGCAAAUGAUGCCGGCGACAAGCUGCCGGAUUCCGACAAACAGACUGUAAUUAGUAAGUGUGACGAAGCGCUUAAAUGGUUGGAUCAAAACUCUCUGGCCGAAAAAGACGAGUUCGAGCAUCAUCUGAAAGAUCUGCAACAGGCAUGUUCUCCGAUUAUGACCAAACUUCACGGUGGCGGUGCCCAUGGGUCCUCUUCUUCAGGGUCCGGACCUAAAGUAGAAGAAGUAGAUUAAUUGAAUGUUUGAAAUAAUGAACAAUGUUUCAUCUCAUAAGUUAUGCAAUAAUCAUUAUACGUGAAUAUCACAUAUCAAAACUACGGUAACAACUUGAACUAUAUGUACACAAAUGUAUGUGCACAUUGCCUGAUUCUGUGAUUGUGACCUUCAUGCUUAAUACAUUUAUAAUUCAAAAUUGAUAGAUCUGUUCACCAGACAGAUUCUGUUGUAACGAAUCAUAUUAUUGUUGGCUGCAGCAAGUUCAAAAAGACACUUUAUAUUAAAGUGGACAAAAAAGCUUUUAAGAUGUACAUGUAUAUCAUUUAUGGGACUUGUAUUCUUACAUACAAAUAUAAGAUGUGAUAAAGAGUUCACAGUUAUACAUGGACAUAUAUGCAUGUAAGUGAGCACUUCUGCAUGAUUUUAAAGGACGUUGGCAAUGCGUAUAUUUUUGAAUUUGGGUUAUUUAGUAUGGAAAGAAAAGAUAGACAAAUACGUGUGAAUUUCGUUCUCUUCAUAAUAUUUAUGGAAUGUAAUUUAUGCACAGUGUUUUCAAUAGAUGCAUAACACUUUUUUGCGCGUGUCGUAAACUUGCAGUAGAUUGCACAAUAAUGCAGUGUGAUAUUAGUUUAGACGCCAUAAAUGUAUCUGCGAUAUUCAAUUAUGUAUACGCUUUUUAUUGUUUUAUAAAACAAAAAGAAUGUUUAAGUAACUAUU